AAAAAACAUCGGAAGGCGGAACACAAAACUACAGGCCGAAGUAGACAGUUAAGCAGGGAGGAAUUUGAAUUAUCGAAGCAAAAGCCAUGGCGAAGGCACAAGCAGAGAUUGCAGUAAGUUCCGUGGUCAAUGAUCUUCUCACCUUCCUGAACGCUUCUCCUACUGCUUUUCAUGCCGUUGACGAGGCGAAGAAACGUCUCCAAGACGCUGGGUAUGAACAAGUUUCGGAAAGAGAAGACUGGAAGUUAGAAGUAGGGAAUCGAUAUUUCUUUACCAGAAAUCAUUCCACAAUCGUUGCCUUCGCAAUUGGUAAAAAGUAUGUUGCUGGAAACGGAUUUCAUAUUAUUGGUGCUCACACUGACAGUCCUUGCCUGAAAUUAAAGCCUGUUUCAAAGGUAACAAAAGGUGGAUACUUGGAAGUUGGUGUUCAGACAUAUGGAGGUGGGCUGUGGCAUACAUGGUUUGAUCGUGACUUGACAGUUGCAGGGCGUGUAAUAAUAAGAGAAGAGAAGGAUGGUUCUGUAUCAUACUCACAUCGGCUAGUUAGGAUUGAGGAACCCAUAAUGCGAAUCCCUACCUUGGCAAUUCACUUAGACAGGGGUGUUAAUGAUGGCUUUAAGGUGAACACACAGAAUCAUCUUCUUCCUGUAUUGGCAACAUCAAUCAAGGCAGAGCUUAAUAAAGUAGUUGUGGUAAAUGGUCCAGUUGAAAAUGAAGUCAAGACCGAAAGGAAAGAAAUCUGUUGUGGUGUUAGAUUGGUAGCAUUGUUUGAUCAUGAAGAAGUUGGAUCUGAUUCAGCACAAGGAGCUGGAUCGCCUGUCUUGGAAGAUGCUUUAACAAGAAUAACAUGUUCCUUUCACUCAGAUUCUAAGCUGCUUAAGAAAGCAAUCCAGAGGAGUUUCCUUGUAUCUGCUGACAUGGCACAUGCUUUACACCCAAAUUACAUGGAUAAACAUGAAGAGAACCACCAGCCCAAGUUGCAUGGUGGCCUUGUCAUAAAAAACAAUGCAAAUCAACGGUAUGCAACUAAUGCAGUCACUUCCUUCAUAUUCAGAGAAAUUGCUACAAAGCAUAACCUUCCUAUCCAGGAUUUUGUGGUCCGCAAUGACAUGAGAUGCGGGUCAACUAUAGGUCCCAUACUUGCCAGUGGUGUGGGGAUUCGUACAGUUGAUAUAGGUGCCCCUCAGUUGUCAAUGCACAGUAUCCGAGAAAUGUGUGCUGUUGAUGACGUGAAACAUUCGUACGAGCACUUCAAGGCCUUCUUCCAAGAGUUCUCUCAUCUUGAUGCUCAGAUUACAGUGGACAUGUAGGGGUCUCAGCUUGAUUCCACACUUUCUCUAAACUCUAUAUAGAAUUUUAUAAAACAUGGUUCAUUGCUGGGUUACAGGAUUAGUUAUAUGGUACUAAAUGACAAACAAAUAAAUAACGAAUGAAAUUCUCCUUUUGGAAUAAUUGAACUUCAUUUGGAUAA